AUGACUGGAUUCAAGCUCCUCAAGCGGGUUUUCGCUGCCAUGACGGACGACGAUGACCAGGGGGUCACACUGCAUCGUGAUGGGCCUGCUGAUGAUAGUGAUAGCGAAGACGGGGUGAACCUGGACGACAUGCUCGGGUACAUGCAGCAUCUGAAACAGCAAGGGGUGAAGCUCGGCAAGAAGAAAAAGAAGAAGCAGGCUCGAAUGAAAGAUCUCUUGGCGCAGGGCGACGACACUGCUGGGCCUUCGAACUCACCUACUAAUGAAGUCGCUCCUGCUUCUGCGGCGGAACCUACGCCUGCUAUUAUGACCGCCGUAGCACCUACCGCCGUAAUCGAUCGUGCCACCCCAACCGUUCCCUCGCCUCUCACUGCGAGUGCCGGUACUGCUGCCGUAGCAACGACUGCCGUUUCCACUGCUGGACCCGCGAGUACGGAACCUACCCCUGCCGUUACCAACCCGGUGGCCGUCUCGGCUCCAACGGUUGUCCUCGCAGUGGACGAGGCUACCGCGAAUGCUGACACUUCCGCCGUUACCGCCUCAGCUGCUGAUGACGCAACACGCGGAUCGACUGCCGGCCGAGUGAUUGCCUCAUCGUUGGGGUUUGCCAUCCCAGUGAACCACCGCACCAUCGUGCCGGCCGAGCAAGCAGUAGCACAAGAGACCUUCCGUCUGCAGGGACAGCUCGACGACCUGCGAACAACGCUGAGGCGCACGCAGGAGCGCGAGAGAGAGUUGUCGAACCUUCUCUCGGAGCGGGACGCCGAGCUGGCAGCGCUCAACCAGCGGUGCGCUGAGGCCAUCCGGUUGAACGAGCAGCUCCUGCAGGACCUGUCCGCCGCCCAGGGUACGGCACUCAUCUGUGCCCCGCGUCCGGCAUCGCCCUCGUUCAAUAUGGAGCGGAUCCCUCGCGACGCCAACGGAGCACUCAUUAUCCCUGCCCUCGUCAGUCAUGACAAUCAUUUCGGGAAAAAGGCAACCGAGGCGAUCACGUAUCUUAUGCUGGAUGCGCCAGCUCGUUCCAUGCAGUUCUACCCCGAGUGGGCAGAGUUCCGCGAGGUCAUCUGCAUGAAGUACGAGGUCGCGGGAGUUUCAUCAGACAUUUUCUACUACGUCAUCAGCAACGGCGAUGUGGAAGGUGUCGGAGAGGCGUUCUAA